UAUUGCAGCAGAAAGUUGGCUACUCAAGCACUUAUUUUUUUAAAGCUUUAACUUGAUUGGUUGAUUUGCAUUCCAGGGAGGCAGUGUUUAGAAUUAAGAAUUCUUGUCUUUAUCUGAUUUGUUACAAAACGUACGUUAAUGUGAUUUAAUUGGCUUAUUCGCUUGUCAAUCAAAUACUCGGGCUCAAAUGCUUUGGAUUGGUCGCAGAACCCUGUCAGUCACAGACGGUCAGACUAGAAUAGAAGGACUCGUUUGAUUGGUAUGACGCAGAUGGACAGGAGUGUUUUUUUUUUUCGCAGUGUGGAAGUUACAAAUUCUCCAUCAAUUUCUGACCGAAACUGUUGCAAAGUUUUCAUGUGAACAGUUUCUCCACAUACGUUGUAGAUAUUGCGCUAAAUGUGUAUCCAUUGCAUUGUAUGUUGCCCUUUUAUCUUGAUACAACCUACGCAAAUGGAAUGCAAACAUUAUAGUGUUUUAGUCUAAUUAGAUGUCGCUACUCUUGUCCCCGCCCCCACCCACAUUCCUGCCUGUCUGGUCUGUUCUGGUGUGGGUAGCAAACUGCAUCAAGGAAAAGGAGGAGGAAAAAGUCCAUAGAACUCUGUGCAAAGAAAAUAAACAAGACCCAACACGGGGCAGUCUUCAUCUAACUCUAUUUUUCACCUUUAAUAUUGUAAUUCGGAGAUAACUGCUUCGUUGGCAGCACUGCUGCGUAUAUUACGGCGUUGUAGUUACCUUAACUGCAUAACUACGUUUUUUUCACAGAAGUUGAAAUAACUGCGUGGACGGAGUAAAAAAAAUAACAUUCUGCGGUUGAUAUCGCUGCAAAGUGUGUGAAGGAGUGUAUUUGCUAUCUGCGCUGCAAAGUAUCAUCAUCAAGGGAACUGUCAUCUAACGACACAUUGGGAAUCAGAGCGGUCGCAUCGCCAAGGAUGGAAAUAUUGGACAGUACUGAGUCCUUUUUACACUGGGAUAGGAAUCUCAGUGAGCUGUCGGAGCCUGGAGAAAACGAACAUGUCUUAUACAGCACACACUUCACAGACCUCCUGGACGACUUUUCCCAGGAUGCUUUGCUGGGCCAGCUACUGAGCGACCCCUUCCUGUCCGGCCGGGAAGGAGAGGCCAUGGAUGAGGGGGAGGAUUUUACCCCGUCCUCCCCGCUGCCGCCCCACAUCCAGGCGGAGCACUCCUACUCCCUGUGUGGGGACUCCCGGCCCCAGUCGCCCAUCUCACAUCUGCCUGGGGAGCAGGGGAGUGAUGCAGAAUCAGAUGGUGAGGAUUGGCCCGUGGAGCAGGAGGAACAGAUGGAGGUGUUGCUGUGUGACCCUCCAGCCCUGCUGCCCACCCUAACCCUCUCCCUGGCCCCCGAGGGCCACAUCACUGAGGCCCCGGCCCCACCAGCCCACAGGCCCAACCCACAGACCGCCACACAGGGCAAGACCAGCAAGGCGAAGGAGAUUGGUGAGAUCCAGAUCAAACUGGAGCCUCAUGAAGUGGACCAGUUCCUCAACUUGUCUCCUAAAGGUCUGGAGUCUCUGCAGAUGCCACCCACCCCUCCCUCCUCCCACGGCAGUGACUCCGAGGGCAGUCAGAGCCCGGUACACGCCAGCACCCCCCAGAGCCCCUCCACCCCCUCCUCUCCCCUCAGCCCUGCGCCCUCCCAGGCCGGCCUCAAGGUGUCUCAGCGCACACCCUCCUCCCUCUCCAACUCCCCUCUUCUCACCGCCCCACACAAGUUGCAGGGCUCUGGCCCCCUCCUCCUGACAGAAGAAGAGAGGAGAACCCUGGUUGCCGAGGGUUACCCUGUUCCCACCAAGCUGCCCCUGUCCAAGGCGGAGGAGAAGGCCCUGAAGAAGAUACGCAGGAAGAUCAAGAACAAGAUCUCUGCUCAAGAGAGCCGCAGAAAGAAGAAAGAGUACAUGGACGCCCUGGAGAAGAAGGUGGAGAACUGCUCCAAUGAGAACAGCGAGCUGCGCAGGAAAGUGGAGAAUCUGGAGUGUACCAACAAGACUCUAAUACAACAGCUGCACUCUCUGCAGGCAGUGGUGGCAGGGAAGGUUCCCCGCUCCUGCAAAGUCACUGGCACCCAGACCUCUUCCUGCCUCAUGGUAGUGGUGCUGUGCUUCGCUGUGUUCCUAGGGAGUUUCUACCCCAGCCUGGGUCCCUGCUCCUCCAUCACAGAGACUGGUCUCUCCAGAGACAUGGCCAUGCAAGAGUCUUACACAGCUACAGUGAAGUCCAGGAGCCUGCUGUCCUAUGAGGAGAGAGGGCUGGACGAGCCACACCUUCUGGGUCUGGGCGGGGACUAUCCUGACCAGUUGGAGAGGCCCACGGUCGUCAUGGCAGCGUGGCGCUCUGAGAAAAAGCAGCAGAAAGGGGAGGAGUCACACCGUGCUGAGACACGCCCACCUUUCAACAACAGUGAUGCGAAUCCACAGAAACCCCUGCUGUUAGACCUGCACAGGUCUCUGGAGCAGAGGGUGAACGACAGCACUAAAAUCAUAGAGCUGGAGAGGACAGUCAACGAGACGUCAUAGGGUCUACCUCUGACCCCUCACCCCUGACCUUUGACCUUCCCUCUGCAGGCGCAGGAGACGGAGGCUCUCUGUAUUUAUAGAAUCUUUUUUGAUAUCUUUAUUAUUUUAUCGUAUGUAGUUGUUCUUUUAUAUUGUGUUUUUAUUCCAUUCCAAUAGUACACCAUCGUCUGAUAUAUUUUUGUGUUCAUACUUUGUUUUUUAUUUUGCCUUUUUAUUUGCUUUACUUCUUUAUAUAUUUUAUAAUAUCCUUUGCUCUAGCCAUUAUGCUCUGUUAUAUUUGAGUGAGUGGUAUAUCUUUCUGUAUUUCUAUGGUGAUAUUCCCCUUCGUGUGAUGGUGGUGUUAUGAGAAUGGGCCCCCGUAGCUCUGUGAAUACUCUGCUGAUGUCUUCACAGUAAUGGGGCUUAGUAUCUCAAAUGCUAUUUUCUUUCCGUAUUCUUUUCCUAUUGAUUUUAGUCAGGAUUGAUUCAGAAUAUCACAUUUUUUCCUAAAAUAUGAGUAUCUGUCAAAAGCCAAAGGUCUUCGUAGCAAACCCUAUUUUUGUAAAUAUAAAAAAUAACAAUGUAAUGUCAGCCUACAUGUGUGCGGUUAGUACAAACAAUGUUGACUGAUGUUGAUCGAUGGUUGCAUGUUGUGACAAUCAAACUUUCUAAUACAGCGUGAUGACAAAGUACUUUAUACCAAAUAAUGUGUGUAGGGAAUGUGUUGUUUCCUAAACUAAGAUACUUCCUUGCUGGAGGGAACACCACGCUGGCCUUGUGAUAUGCAAUGAACCAUUAUGAGGUUUCUGCUAGGUCAUCGUCUCCGUACCACCUGCACGGUCUCACACAUAUACACACACGGAUGAAUAGAACCAAACCGCGCCUUCUCCUUUGGCCUGCACCCUGCCGUCAAUCCACUCUCACUGUGUCCCCAAAGAGCCCGUUGUAUUCUUAUUUAUUGUAUAUAAACUGUUGAGUCACAUUUUGCCUCCACUGGA